UGUAGGCUCAUUCCUGGCGCAUUCACAGCCAUAUAAGGAGACAUUGGAACACAGCGCCCUCAAUAUCUGGGCCAUUUCCUGUUUGAAAUUUCAUCUUGGUUUCGCCUGUAGCAUCAGUUCUGUGGCAUUCACAGAUAAUAUAUUUGCAGUUUUGGAAACGUCAGAGUGUUUUCUUUCCAAAGCUGUCAAUUAUAUGCAUAGUCGAGCAUCUUUUCGUGACAAAAUAUCUUGUUUAAAACGGGAACGUUUUUUUAUCCAAAAAUUAAAAGAGCGCCCCCUAUAUCGAAGAAGUUAAGAACAAAUUAUUAUUUUCAAUGACGGUCUAGGAACAGUGGGUUAACUGCCUGUUCAGGGGCAGAACGACAGAUUUGUACUUGUCAGCUCGGGGAUUAGAACUUGCAACCUUCCGAUUACGAGUCCAACGCUUCAUAUGCGUCUCUGUCUCUGGAGUAAAGGUGGUCAAGAGUUUUUUUCUCUGGUUAUACAUUUAACAUGCUGAUAGAAAUUAGGUUAAACUGAUUUGAGUUUCCCUGCAUUAAAGUCCCCGGCCACUAGGUGCGCCGCCUCUGGAUGAGCGUUUUCCUGUUUGCUUAUGGCCGUAUACAGCUCAUUGAGUGCGGUUUUGGUGCCAGCACCAGUCUGCGAUGGUAUAUAGACAGCUAUGAAAAAUAUAGAUGUAAACUCUCUUGGUAAAUAGUGAGAUCUACAGCUUAUCAUGAGCUACUCUACCUCAGGCGAGCAAAACCUCGAGACAUAGUUAAUCGAUUUUAUUAUUGAUUGAUUGUACGUUGGCUAAUAGGAAACAUGGAAAAGGUAGAUUACCCUCUUGGCAACGGAUCCUUACAAGGCACCCAGACCGUCGUCCACAAUACCUCCAUCUUUUCUUCCUGCAAAUGACGGGGAUGAGGGCCUUGUCACGUGUCUGGAGUAAAUCCUUCCCGCCCGACUUGUUGAGGAAGAAGAAUGUCUCCAGUAUGGGCCAAGAUAAAGUCCAAGUGUGCUCCGACGUUCUUUGCCUGUGCCAACGGGAUACACUGUAUUAUCGGGCGCUUCCGUUGCAAUGGCUUCAGCGACUGUCCUGACGGGAGCGACGAGAAGAAAUGCACAGGUAACCCGCUGGUGUGCCUGGAGGCCCGCUUCAAGUGUCGUAACGGGCGCUGUGUGGACCGCAGUUUCCUGUGUAACGGACAGGACAACUGUCAGGACAACAGUGACGAGGAACACUGCCUCACCACCACAGAAGCUCCAGGCCAGGACUUUGUAACCCUGGACUACCGCAACUACCCUAGCAUCACCUACGCAGUCAUCGGCAGCGCUGUCAUCUUUGUCCUGGUGGUGGCGCUGUUGGCCUUGGUUCUGCACCACCAGAGGAAGCGCAGCGUGCUGCUGCCCCGGGAGGUCCGGUCCUCCUACCACCACCACCACCAUCAGCCCCUGCUGCUAUCCCGCGUGGUCAUCCUGGACCGGGGACACAUCCACCCAGCUGGCCCUGGCCUCUCCCCCACCUCCCCGUCUGCAGAAGCCCAGUUCAGUGCAGGUUCACAAGGGCUACAGAUGCUGUCUAGGACCCUCUACCCUGCUGACAUGUCCAUGGACACACCACCCUCCUACUCCCAGGCCGUGCUGGAUGUCAGCCGGCCUCCCUGGUUUGACCUUCCCCCGCCUCCCUACCUCCCAGACGGGGAUCUGCCGUCAGAAGGAGAGCUGCCCCAGUACGAAGCCCCCACAGAGCCCUCCACUCAGCCCAGCACACGUCUCUCUGAGCCCUCCACACCCAGAACUGUGGCCCCAGGCUUGUCCUGGCCUAGCUUCAGCUCCAGAGAAGAGUCGGACUAGCUGUAGUCCUCCUCUGAUGACUGCAUGUACAUAGGACCACAAUACCCAGCCUCAGGGCUGUGGAAGGCUGAAGAGAGAGGAGCUGUUCAAUUUGGGAAGACCCAAUGGAUUGUCCUGCCUAAUGUGAGAAUGAGAGACAAGGCUCUAGUCUACCAAUAACUACAACUGACUGACUAAGGCACUUGGAAUGAUUGCUAUUAUAUCCUGGCACCCUCUGCUGGAAAUUUCUCUACAUAUCCCCUGACUGGGUUGCUCACUUAUUCAAUCAAUCAUCAGUCAAUUGCAUUUCAUCUGUGGCUAUAUAGUGCUUUUUAUACAUGAAUUUCUCAGUGUGCUUAACAACUUCAAGGGUCUAAACUUCCGAAGACAAAAUAAAAACUACCACAGCCUCCCAACACUAUGUAUCUCCUGUUGGACUUGUGAAGACCCUGGUUGGUGCGAGAUCCUGUAGCUUGGUUGUGUUGACUGGAUGGAUGGUCAACCUUUAUAGUACAGUCAUGCAUUAACAAUGUAGUAUGACUCACAGUAACUAACAUUGUUUGUGGUACUCAUAAAGGGUCAAAUGUCACAUGGUGUUACAGUAGCAGAUGUAUAUGCUGUGCAAACAUAGUGAAAGAGAUACAGGGUCAGAUCUGUAAUGUUACAAUUUAGCACAUUAGGAGAACCAGCUAGCCACAGAAACAUGUGGGUAGUGGACACCUGGAUAUGGGGUACGUUUUCCUCCCAUCCGUAAUGCAUAAUGCUGGUUCUCUUCAAUCUCUGUUCUCGUUGGCCAUCUCUUUCAUUUCAUAGGGAUAACUGUAUUUCUCUGUCAUAGAGCACUUAUCAUGAUGUCUGGGUUUACAAGUAAUUCAUGUUUUGCCAUGAACUCAAAUGGAAGUAUUAUUUGAGGAAGAUAACUUUGGAUAAAAAAGUAUCCUACUAAGGUCCCAGAGCAAGUUAGUUUUCAGGGUAUCUGGACCUUUUCAAAGUACUCAAAUAUAAGUUUAACGACUUUGUCUACUGUCCCACUCAGGGUCUAGUUUGACAAAAGUUUAUUGAGGUCAUGUUCUAUUGCCAAUGAGGACAGUCCAUAUUGGUUUGUUUUGAUAUUAUAUCUGUUCAUAUCUGACUCUUUGGCAGAGAGGAGAAGAAUGUUCAGAUUGAACUUCUCGUCUGACUAGUGUUUUCAUGUUUAUUAAUGUUACACUUCUGCCUGAGAGCACAAGACAAACAUUUUGGCGGGGAAGAGAAAAUUACAUUUAAGGAUUCAUUUUCAUUAGUGCAUAAAGAGGAAGUGUAGAAAUACAUCAGUAGUAGCUUUGCCAGGAAAACAAAUGACAAGAACAUCCCCACAGCUAGAAUAUCUAACCAUAGAGAAUACAAGACCCUUCCACUUGGUACCUUGGAACACAAAUGUGUAGAUUGAAAUAAGCAUUUGGGAUCCUCCUGAAGUUAAAAACAUAAUUCAAGUCAGUGCACUAAUUACAGAAGAAUUGUGUGAGAUCAAUGUCCUUACUGGGUUGUUGAGGUAAAUCAAAUUAAAUCACAUUUUAUUUGUCACAUGCGCCUUACCAUUAAAUGUUUACUUACAAGCCCUUAACCAACAAUGCAGUUUUAAGAAAAAUAGGAGUUAAGGAAAUAUUUACUAAAAUAAACAUGUGUGAAUAAAGUUAGACAAGCAUUUUUGUAUGGAGCUCUAGAAGUGACUGAUUUACCUACAGUGCCUUGGUUCAAAUGUCUCUCUUACUGUAUUUCUUGGAUUCAUACUCGACGACUUACUGAUAGGAUUCCAACUGACUCAUAGGAUCCCAACUGACUCAUAGGAUCCCAACUGACUCAUAGGAUCCCAACUGACUCAUAGGAUCCCAACUGACUCAUAGGAUCCCAACUGACUCAUAGGAUCCCAACUGACUCAUAGGAUCCCAACUGACUCAUAGGUUUCCAACUGACUCAUAGGAUUCCAACUGACUCAUAGGAUUCCAACUGACUCAUAGGAUUCCAACUGACUCAUAGGAUCCCAACUGACUCAUAGGAUCCCAACUGACUCAUAGGAUCCCAACUGACUCAUAGGAUCCCAACUGACUCAUAGGAUCCCAAAUGCUCUAACUGCCAUUCCUAUUAUGCAGAUUAUUGUCUGAAUUUGCACCAUAGCUAUCUGACCGAUUCAAUUGACACCCAAUAAUGUUUGUUUGGAUAAAGAAGAAAAUUACACUUUUUUUUUUAUAAGUGUCCCAAUUCAUUGUUUAGAAAUGUGUAAGUUGCAUGACAGACUGUACAGAUGUGAGAGAGAAGACUGUUAUUGUCUCUCUGCCUCUGUCUGUCUGCCCACCUGCCCGCCCAGUAACUAGUAUUAUUCAUUGGCUGACUAGUGAAACGUCUAUCUGAAGGAUCUGUGCAUAUGUAUUGUGGUUGUCGUGUCAUUUAAUUUCAGAACUUGUCAAGGGUUUCAUGUGACCAUGUAUGUAGAGAGAGAUAUAUAUUUAUUUAAAAGCAGCAUAUUUAGACUUUAAACUAAUAUAAUAAUAUUUAACUAUGAAACGUGUUACUUUGGAUGGUACCUCUGUCUUUUGUCCAUAUCCCCAGCAGUCAUCAGGCUGGUGGCAUCAUUAAACAACAUGGAAACCAAAGACUAUCACUCAUCAUCCCCAUAAAACCCAGAAGAUAAGCCUUACUCUCCAAAGUUGUGCCUCGUUUUGUUUCAGAUACCUAGCUGACUAGAGAAUGAAGAGUAGUAUUACUCGUAUACAAAGGGGGAAAUCCUGUUCAUCACUAGAUAAUUGGAGAGUGAUACUCAGUCUCAGGAUGAAUCUGCUCACAGCUGGGUUUUAUUCACUAGGAACCAUCAGAAGCAGACAGGCUGAAACGGGGAUGACUACCUGAAAUUGUCCAAUAAAAAGUGUUUUUCUUUUCUGUUGCAAAACGUUUUGCACUAAUGAAUAAAGUCCUGGUCUGUUGCGUUUCAGUUACAACACACUGUUACACUUUUCACGUCACUAUAUCCGUUUGGUUUGUGACAGUGAUUACUGAUUUGUUGUUCCACCCUGUUGGACACUUGUUUCGUGUUUAUCAUUUAUUAAUGACACCACCUUUUUGUUUGUAAUGAAAUACAUUCUGUACAUUGAAAGUAAUAUAAAGUGUUUGA